AUGAAGUUCACUUUGAUCGCCCUCUUCGGUGGUUUGGUGGCAGCACAAACAUUCCAAGGUCUCCCAUUAUGCGCGACUUCCUGCCUUACAGCUUUCGAAAGUGGCAGCACUAUCGCUGGUUGCAACAGUCUCGACAUUACUUGCAUAUGCUCGAACCAGUCCUUCCUAGGUAGCAUUGCAUGUUGUCUUGCUGCAAAUUGCGAUGCGGCAGACCAGCAAGCUGCCACGCAGUAUGCUAUCAAUUUGUGUAAAGCGAACCUCGUCACAAAUCUUCCAACUGCCGUUUCUUGCACCUCGACAGCAACUUCUGGCUCCACUGGCUCUGCUGCGACGCCAGCCACGACGAGCGCUCCCUCGAACACUGGCUCAACCGGAAUUGCGAAAACGGCAAGCACAACUGCUCACACCUCAUCUUCAAGUACUACAGCAGCAUCGCAAACGCAGAAUGCAGCUCAUCAAAGAACACCUGGCGUGGGGGUAGGACUCGUAGGAGGGCUAGCAGCAGUCGCGGUCUUUCUGUGA